UGCAAACAUGAAGCAAGGCUAUGUCGUUGACUUCGGGAUAAAUCUAACUCCCUUAAUUAAAGUUACACUUCAUAUUCAAAUUAUGGUUUCUACCUAUGUAAGGUAACUAUCAUGAUUCAUUGAUCGACAUAUGGGACGUCGUCAAUUAAAUUAUUACUUAAUAAUAUAAGAUGUGUAACGAGUGAAGAUCAUCAGGAUUGGUUUACAGUUCCUAUGACAUAAAUACUUUGAAAAAGACUUAAUAUAAAAUAAGAAAUCAUUUCCGUUUCUUUAUUUCGAAAGUUAAAUUUCAACGAGAAUUAAUUAGAUAAAAGUUGCCGCCCUUAACACAAAUACAGUUCAUGAUAGGUGAUCUGGGUUACUUGUAUUCUCCAGACUUAGGUUGUCAAGUUAAAAAUGUCGCAAUGUAUCAAAAUCCUGCAAAAGAUCCACUCCAAAGAGAUACAUGUAGAUGCACUUGGAAAAGCGAAGCAGUUUGCAUUAUUCAGCAUUGCUCGUCCACACAUGAGGAGUUUCCAUUCAUCAUGGUUUUGUUUCUUCAUGGCUUUCACUUCAUGGUUUGGUAUCCAACCUUUGCUACCUACAAUCAGGAAAGAGCUUGGUUUAUCGAAAUUGGACUUGGCUAACUCUGGUAUAGCAAGCGUAGCCGCCACUAUAGCUGUUCGUGUCAUAAUCGGACCUCUUUGUGACAGAUUUGGACCAAGAAGAACCAUGGCGGGUUUACUUAUGGCUGGAGCUGUUCCUAUGGCACUAUCUGGUUUAAUCAAAGAUGGAACUGGUCUUAUCGUUCUGCGACUUUUUAUCGGCGUUCUUGGAGGGACAUUUGUACCUUGUCAGUUUUGGACAAGCGCUAUGUUCAGUCCUAAGAUUGUUGGUACGGCAAACGCGAUGGUUGGUGGAUGGGGCAACCUUGGUGGUGGUUUCACAUUCUUACUAAUGCCCGGAUUGUUCCAGUUAAUGAAAGCCUUAGGAACAGAUGCAUUUCUCGCAUGGAAACUUGCAGUUGUGGUUCCUGCUGUUAUCUGUGUAAUUUUAGGUAUCUCAAUUUUAUUCACAACAGACGAUUGUCCACAAGGUCACUGGUCGAACAGAAAACUACCAGAAACUACCAUAAAAAUUAGCAAAGAUAAAAAUGAUCAAAACGAAAAGGGUGUCCCAAAUUUAGGAUUCCAACCCGACUUACCAUUUAACGAAAAACAGAACGAAGCUACAAAAGAAACAAAAGUUGAAAUUACAAAAACAAAAGACCUUUCGGAAAAGAAAGCAGAAGACUCGGAAGAGAAGGGCGGGAAAUGUACAUUCGAUGGAUGCUGUAAAGUUGUAACGGUGGUUAUUCUUAUGCUGCAGUAUGGGAUGUGCUUUGGAGUGGAGAUUGCCGUAAAUACAGUCAUGAAUCUAUAUCUACUAUACCGAUUCAAAAAAGCCGAUUGUGUGGAGGGUAACGUUCCCUUUUUUAACUCUUCAAACAUGACGACUGCAAUGGUGCAAGAGGAAAACGAAAACGAAUGUAGUAUUUUGAACCAAGACACAGCAAGUUUAAUUGCAUCCUUGUUCGGGCUUAUGAAUCUUUUUGCAAGAGCUCUUGGUGGAAUGUAUUCAGACGUUUUGAGAAAAUAUUUGAGUCUAUCAGGUCGUCUUAUUGCUCAUUUUACAUGCUUAGUUGCUGAGGGCAUCAUGCUGGUUAUAUUUAGCCAGAUAAACAGUAUUUCCUCUGCCAUUGGUGUAAUGGUUCUGUUCAGUACCUGCGUACAGAUGACAGAGGGGACUACAUAUGCUAUUGUUCCGUAUGUUUCCACAAAGCGAAUCGGUAUAGUGGCUGGAUUAGUCGGUGCGGGUGGAAAUGCUGGCGCCCUGAUUUGGAAUACAAUAUGGCGGCAAUAUGUUGAAACCGAUCCAAGUGGAUGGUUUUGGCUCUUAGGUAUCAUCGUUUUAUGUGGUAGUAUUUUGACAUUUUUCAUACAAAUAUCUGGCGAAAGCAUUUGGCAUUGGUGUCUACGUUGUAAAUCAAACAAAGACAAGUAUGAAAUGUAAACAUACCUCAUUUACAAACAAGUUUAAUAAUCGUGUUAUUUUUACUACAUGUUAUGAGAGAUGUCUUAUAACAUCUUAGUAAUAAUUCUACUUUUGUAGUUACUAUAUUAAACAUUCGUGAAUUAUCAUGAAGAUAGCAUAUACGUUUUGUUUAAACUAGUUUAAAUUUGAAUGUUAAUAACACUUGGUAAUUUGUUUAGGUCUCUGUACCAGCUUGAUUAAAUAAUACAUUAA